GACAGGCUGAACCGCCUUCAGUGAGGUGCCCUGAGAGUUGUCAAGGUUUGGGUUGUGGAGUACCGUUAUCUGAGAGGGGAGCAAGGGCGGCUACGGUUGUACAAUGCCGAAUAAAACGAAAAAAGACAAGGACUCCCUUAAGUCUGGUAAAGUGAGCAAGAGUGGAGGACAAGACAAUUCAGAGAACGAGAGCUCUAACAGGAAGGCUAGCAAUAGCGCACCUCCCACCACUCAGCUGCUGAAGGGGAAGCAGCCAGGUUCCCAGACACCUGUCAAAAAGGAGAAGAGGCAGAGCUCCUCUCGUUUCAGCUUGAGCAACAACAGGGAGCUGCAGAAACUGCCUGCUUUCAAAGAUGUUCCCCCUGCAGAGCAGGAGAAGCUGUUCAUCCAGAAGUUGCGGCAGUGCUGCGUCCUCUUUGACUUCGUCUCAGACCCACUGAGCGACCUGAAAUGGAAGGAGGUGAAACGGGCGGCGAUAAGCGAGAUGGUGGAGUACAUCACCCACAACAGGAAUGUCAUCACAGAACCCAUCUACCCAGAGGUGGUGCACAUGUUUGCUGUGAACAUGUUCAGGACGUUGCCGCCAUCAUCAAACCCCACGGGCGCCGAGUUCGACCCGGAGGAAGACGAGCCCACGCUAGAGGCUGCAUGGCCUCAUCUACAGCUUGUUUAUGAAUUCUUCCUACGGUUCUUGGAGUCACCUGACUUUCAACCAAACAUAGCCAAAAAGUAUAUUGACCAGAAGUUUGUAAUGCAGCUCUUAGACCUGUUUGACAGUGAAGACCCCAGGGAAAGGGAUUUUUUAAAGACUACUCUUCAUCGCAUCUAUGGCAAGUUCCUGGGCCUGCGAGCGUACAUUAGGAAACACAUUAAUAACAUAUUUUAUAGGUUCAUUUAUGAGACUGAACAUCAUAAUGGAAUAGCAGAAUUACUGGAAAUAUUAGGCAGCAUAAUCAAUGGCUUUGCAUUACCAUUGAAAGAAGAGCACAAGAUAUUCCUGUUGAAAGUCCUGCUGCCUUUACACAAAGUCAAGUCUCUCAGUGUGUACCACCCACAGCUGGCCUACUGUGUUGUACAGUUCUUAGAGAAGGACAGCACCCUCACGGAACCGACCGUAAUGGCGUUGUUGAAGUACUGGCCAAAGACGCACAGUCCAAAAGAGGUGAUGUUCCUGAACGAGCUGGAGGAGAUCUUGGAUGUCAUCGAGCCGUCGGAGUUCGUCAAAGUCAUGGAGCCGCUCUUCCGACAGCUGGCCAAGUGUGUGUCCAGCCCACACUUCCAGGUGGCAGAACGGGCUCUGUACUACUGGAACAAUGAGUACAUCAUGAGCCUGAUCAGCGACAACGCUGCCAAGAUCCUGCCUAUCAUGUUCCCAUCGCUCUACCGCAACUCCAAGACCCACUGGAACAAGACGAUCCACGGGCUCAUCUACAAUGCUCUUAAACUCUUCAUGGAGAUGAACCAGAAGCUGUUUGAUGACUGCACCCAGCAGUUCAGGGCAGAGAAAAGCAAAGAGAAAGCCAAAUGGAAAGAGAGGGACGAAGCGUGGCUGAAGAUCGAGAACCUUGCAAAGUCAAACCCACAGUUUUUGCCGUUCGUGGACUCGAUAGGCUGCGAUGGUCCGAUAGACAUGGAGACAGACGGGCCGCUGCUAGACGAUGUCAACCUGCUAAAGAAAACGGUGGAGGAGGAGGCAUUACAGAUCCAAAAAGAUCAGCGUAGAGAGCGCCCGUUGAUGAGGAGGAAAUCUGAACUGCCCAGGGACAUCUGCACCGUUACAGCCUUGGAGAUGCACCGGAGAGCCGACGAGAUGAUAACGCCGCACGACGGCCACUAAGAGACCACCCCGGAUCCACCAUGAACCAGCAGCAGCAGCAGCCGCAGCAGAGGAACCACAGGCCCCCAGGGGCCAGCACAACGUCCCAACUCUGGUAUCUCAGCCCAUCACAACACAGAACUGAGCAGCUCCACCUGACGCAGAAAAAUGUCUAAAGCGGCACGUCCAACUAGCCUUGUUCGCUCUUCCCCUUGUCCAGCAGAAACAUCUGUGAUGCUGUAGUGUUGUAAAUGACCACAAAGUGCAUUGUGGCUCUUGAACUUCACCCCAAAAUACUGUAGUGUUAUCUCCUGUGUUUUUCUCCUCAGCUCUUUCUGUUUUUCAGGGUCCCGCGCUGCCCCCUCCUGGUCAUCUCUCUCAGGUGUUCUGUUCUGUGCGUGAGCCGUGGUCUCUUCUAGCCUCUUCUCUAUAGACGUCAGGUGCUUGUUCAAAUACCAUGAGCCUUGUUUGGUUUUUAAAACAAAAAUCAUCGGUGGAUGAGAGCAGUCAUUUCUAUAUAUUUAACAUAAGCUAUUCUCAUUUUAAGUAGACAGUUUAGAAAGCUGUUUAUAUUUGAUUUUCUCCUUCACAUAGUAUAUUAGGGAGUAAAAAACACUUCCUAUCAGUACAACUGCUCUGUUUGGAGCUUGCUUUUUUCCCCCCAUCUGCUGUGAAGACUCAUUGAUUGUUCUGUUAAUCAGGACAGGGACAUCUAGUACAGUGUGUGUCCGGAUUAAAAGCGUUACGACACAACUCCACACAGCGCUGACCCGACAGGUCUACGUUAUGCUUUCAUCGAACAGAUCUUUGUGCUAUUGUAAAAGCAUAGUCUGGUGCCAACUUCUCCUAGAAAAAACAAUCAGUUUUUAAUUGUGUAGGCAAUAAGUUGACGCCGGUUUGCAGUGUGCGGCUCAGACAAUGAUCAGACAGUUUGUUGUUACGUGUUUGGAUCUAUUUGAUUGGCUCUUGGGACGGGUCCAGCCCGAACACAGUUACAUGAGAGGGGAUUGUGGGAUUUAUUUUUGGUUGCUCGCUCACGUCCAGCCAUGGUAGGAGUGUGUUCAACCCGGCCAUUAAGCAUUCAGUACAAGUCGCUGUCUUUCAUGUUGGGCUUACGAGAGGUCAGAGAGAUGCUGUUCUGGGACUGACUCUAUGCUGCUGUGUGUUUGAGACGUCAACAGGGACUGUGCCGAUAGCGAUCGCUUUUUCUACUCUUCUCAAGCAAGACCCUUUUUAUUUAUAAAACACUUGUUAGAGAUUAGACUGCUUUGAGAUGAGGUGUGUUUGCUUUGAACAUGAGCCUUUCUUUUCACAGUGCCUUUUAUAGUCUAAGGGGAUAUUUGCUCCAAUGAGAAUCGAGUAGUAGCAUGAACAAAGAAAUGCCAGAUCAUUAACAAAAAAAGUUUUCGUUCAAGUCCGUACGUGGCACACCUCCAGCUGCUGCCUUGUCGAAGCUACAAAGUGGAUUUCGUAGUUAAAAGCGAGAGAGCAGAAGCAAGAGUGGUCGCCCCAAACUACCGAGCGAUGAAGCACUUCCUGAUAAAACUUGAAAGAAGAAAAAAAAAAAAACUAGAAAAGAAUCCGUGAUGCUGUCUGUCGUGGUGUGUGGGGUGGAUAAGAGCUAGCCUCCACAGGAGAGGAAAUCUUUUCUGUCCCAUUCCGCUUUUGAUUUGUAUCGUUGUUUGACCCCGUCUGCCUGGACCCCCCCCCCCCCUUCUCCAGUAGAAACCUACUACCAAGUAGAGCUUGAUAUUCUAUUGAAUCUGCUUCUGGAUGCUUGCAAUUUCUUCUUGUUGUGUUUUUUCUCCUUCCUUUGCCUGCAGAACCUCUCAGUCAGUGUUUCAACUGAAUGUGCAAAUUGUAAAUAAUACUGCAGUCACGUUUUUUUUCUGUUCCCUCUGUUUGUCUGGAAGAAACACAUUCACCAAAGGCUUCUUACCUCACCCCCUCUGCCCCACAGAGGAUUGUAAUGAAAGUGAUCUCAUCCCUUCGGUGAUGUACAUCCUCUGUCUGUUGGUUGUCUGGGUUUGUUACGCUCACUGGUGACUGUCGUUCUUCUUGAAAUGGCUUUAAUAUUGGCUUCUUUGGAGCUCUCUUCAUGUCACAUAAGCUUUGUCUUCUUUCAAAAGAAUGAAGUGUCCUUUAGUAUACGUCUCAUACUGAAUGGCUUCUGAUAUUGUACAUAUAAUGUACUUUUAUUUUAUGUUAUAACUAUUAAAUGGUAGAUUUAAUAUUUUGUACAAAAUACCCUGUGUACAGAAAACAGAGGUUAUUAUUAGCAACUCCAGGCAGUUGGUAUGUGGCACAGACUUCAACACACGUGACUAUUUACAUCUAGAGAACCGUAUAGAAUUUGGAUAGUUUUUUAUCUAUUUGUAAUCUGACAUCUUUUCCGUUUUAGUUUUUCAUCUUCACACGUGUUGAGAUUCUACAUACAUGAGCUUUUUUUGUGUGUGCUUUUAUCCAAAUCUCCAGUGGUGUUCAUCUAUCUAUAUACAGCAAAUAAAGAGAACAUGUGAGUUUUAUAUUUUCAUCCUAAAAAACUUUUCUGAGACUCGUU